UGUAGACUUGUCUGGAGUUGUUGUAGCGAUAGACAAAAUCAAGAGCGCGUACUAGAGGCAGACCAAGUCGUAAAAGCAAAAGGACGGAAGAAACAGAACUCUAUUCGACGACGUAUCAUGAACAGGAGUCUUCCUGUGUUUUACUACCAACGAGUUUCGCGCGUAGUGGGGCAAAAAAUUUGGAUUAAAUGUCUAAGCUUCUUAGGCGGAAACUUUCCGCAGCCCAUGACGUGACGGCGCGCAUGGAGUGAGGCGGACGGUUUUCCGCAUUGCAGUCGUCUGCCUUAGCUCCUAUCUUUGACCAUCAUAAAGUCGACGGAUCAAAAACCUUCGCGUAUUCUAUAGGAGGCCAGCCCCGUUCGUCGCCGGCAGCUUCGCGGAUAAACAUGCAAGCUAUUCCCUUUCGGAUAAGCGUGGCACUACAAAAGAAAAAGGUCGAAGUCGAAGUGGGCCAGUCAAUUGAGUUGUAUAAUGUCAUAGAUUAGAAUAAGUCGGCUUCCCAGAAUAUUUUCAAUGAAAAUCUAGAUCCACCACGACAGAGCCAGAAGAAAUAACAAUAAGAAUCCUGGGUUAAGAUUAUGAUUACAAAAUAUUUUUACAACAGCAGUAUCUUCAAAAAGUCCGUUAAACACUUAAGUAAGUUUUGAGUACUGAAAAGAUGGCGGCGCGAAUGGGUGUGGGGAAGUCCCACCCCUCCAAUGUAGGGAUGAUGGAUGCUGCUUUUUUCGUCGGACGAUCGGAGCUCCUUAAUUGGGUCAACCAGUUGUUGCAGACAAGCCUAACAAAGGUACGACCACGACCACGCCUAGGCCUCAUCAUGAUCAUGCAUCUGCAUCAAUUGUAACAAAUUGCAAUUUUUGUACGACUCAAACUCUUAUUUCUAUUCAUUCUCAUACAUUUUCAUUCUUCUUGCACAAGCUUUCUGCUUGAUGCUUAUGACGUAGUCUUAGCACAGUGUUUGGAAAUGCUGAAACUGAAAAUGAAAGACGAUAAUGGAAUAACAACACUGAUGGAAGCAACAAGAGGUGCAUGAUAGAAGGAUAACUUACACGAUGCACACUAACAUUGACUUCCUGCUACAUGUCAUGAGGAGGUCAGGAGGGACAUCAUCUGCAGGUAGAGCAAUGCGCGAAUGGAGCAAUAUAUUGCCAAAUAUUAGACGCGUGCCAUCCAAACGGGGUGAUACAACUCAAAAAAGUGAACUGGGUAGCGAAGAGCGAGCACGAACACAUACCAAAUUACAAAACGCUCCAGGCAGCCUUCGACAAGCUUGGUUCGUCUCUAAAAUUAUAUAUAAGGUUGUUGUAAAUUUACUGUAAAUUCAAUCAUGAUGAUCAGCAUCAGGCAUCCGAUUUUUUUAUGUAUUCGUUUCACUUUCUGCAUUUAGAUCCGCUAAUCGCGCCUCAGAAGUUUCAUGUGGAUAAACGGACUACUUGGACUUCUCUUGCAUCUCCAUCUUCUAGUGAAUCACGCGAUGCAUUGGAAACCCCAACAGGUAUCGAUCGGAAUAUAGAUGUGGACAAGCUGAUAAAGGGAAAAUACCAAGACAACCUAGAAUUCCUCCAGUGGAUGAAGUGCUACUACGACCAUACUUUCGCGGUAAAAGUCCUUGUAAGUAUUUCUAACCGUGGGUAUGCGCGUGUGCAAUCUUUUUAUACUUCUGUGUGUUAGGUUCUUCAUAAUAAUUGAUUGCUGUGGCUGUAUUUAGUCCACUUCUAUAGCAAGUAGAACAGUCAUACCUUAUUUUCGAUUCAAAUUUUUGCAGGGCCAUGGCUAUAAUCCGUUGGAGAGGAGAGGCGGUAAAGCUCUGAUGGAAUGGGCAAGAGCUGGCGGCCUAGGUGCACAGCAGAGUGAACCAAGCAGACCGAAACGCGAGCAGCCACAGAUACGAAAGACGAGGCCAGGUGCUACUUUAAGCUGAAGUACAUUUUCCUCCUCCAUCCCUGAAUAUUAUAAUUGUGUUUGUGAGCAAGAGAAAGAGCAGCUGCUUCGCCAUGAAAAUAAAACGGAGAAGGAGGUUCCCUAUGAAAUAUAGUCAUGCCUUCCCCUACUGUUCGCAAGCCUUAUUUUCAUCGAUAUUUAUCAACUUUGGAAACUGUAUCGUGCCGCCGGUAGUCGAGGAGUACUACUAGGGAUGGCAAUCAAUCAAUCGGAGCUGCUUACGAAUUUUUGACUUCGUACACCCUAGCAUACUCGCCAUGGCGUGUUCUUAUGCUACACCAAGUUUAGUCCAUUGUUUCUAGGUCCGAACGGUGGCGCAGGCGGCGCGCCUCCUCUAGGACCCGCACAGCGCAGCAAUAACGCCGUUGGGGAUAGUAACGCAGCAGCAGGCGGCUCAGCCGGCGGUCGUACCGUAGGCGUUUCCGCGAUGAAAGAGGAGCUUCGGAAUAUGCAACUCACCCUUGACGGCCUAGAGACCGAACGAGACUACUACUUUCACAAACUCUUAUGGCAGAAAAAGAGGUUUUUGCAUCUGAAAUGGUGACCGUGACCACCCCACGGACGGUAAUUAAUACGAUUUAUCAAAUUCACUACCGACGAAAGGAAUCUUUUUAUGUGCGCAACUUUUUGCGUGGUCGCUAAAAAUUAAUCUAUAAUCCACAGUAAUACGAAUAAGAUCCAGAUCAACAUCAUGUACAAUUGUUAAUGUAAUACGAAUUAUUGUCGUAAGAUUAUUCUGUUUCAUUCUGACCUUCCGUUUCACCCACAUCCGCUUCGCUUCCAUCCCCUUUUCAUGGUCUCGAGAAAUAGAGAUUUUGAGUCAAACGUUAGACCCCGACGACCCUGCCAGCACGAAUGCCUUGCAGCAAAUGGACGUAGGGACUCUUGUAAAGGAAGUCCAAAGGAUACUUUACAAGGAGGAUGGCCCCGAAACAGCCGGGGCGGGUGGCUAGAAAACUAGCCUUAUUUGAAUAUGCAAGCUUAACUACCUUGCUUAUCGUCCUUUGCUGAAUUAGCGAAAAAAUAUCAGUAGUCACCCCAUGCGCAUGCUUAUCUUCGUUGGUGAGAGGCCUACGAGCAGUUUUCGUCGUUGACAUCAAGAUGCGUCUCUCCAUAGUCCAACAAAUCAAAAUUUCGAAACCCCAACACGAUUUGAGGUUUUAUUUGCCACCCCUCUCUCAGAUUUACACUAUGAUCUAUAGGAGCUUGAUCCGUGAUGUUCUCCAGAUGCAUGACGCGCAGUAAUAAUUUAGACAGAAAAGGCCUUAU